AACAACCCCCCACCCCCACCCCCAAUUCACAUACACGGGAGGGUUGGGGCCACAGGUUUUAUUUUGAAAGUCCAGAGCGGAAGCUGCAGCUUUCGUGUACGUGCUGCUUCACGCUGGUCCUCGGCAGUGAGAGCGAGGCAGGCAGGCUGCACGCCGCUAGGAGCCCGGAGACACUUUCCCGGAGGCACGGAGUCCCGCCGCGCGGCUCUCGGUACUUUGGGGUCGUUUCGGUCUCUGCUUCGGGGUGUGGACUCGGGGCAGACUUGGCGGGACCGGAUCCCGGUGCGAGGCGGACUGGAGUACCCCCGAUGGUGCAUCUCCACAGGAGCGCAUAGGAGCCCAGGACGAGUCUCCCCUGAAGGUAUGGCACAGAGACCCCGAUUUGGGGGGCAAACCCAGAUGAAGAUGGAGUCGUUUACCUUCUGCAGGACUGUCCUCAUCUUCUUCAUGUUUCCGUGUGUCCAGUGCUCAGAGAGUCAGACUGCAGUGUUCCUGCCAGAGUUCGCGCUCUCACCUCAGGGCAGCUUCAUGGAGGACGCCACAGAGGAUCACUUCCUGACCUACAGAUACGACGACCAGAUCAUGCAGCGAGCUCUUCAGUCCAGAGAAGCAAACACGUCAAAAAACAAUAAAAAAGCCACAGAGAGACCACUACACCAGCAACAUCACAACAAUGUCGUAUCGCGAGUGCAGUUUUGUGAACUGUGGGCAUCCAGGAUGACCCGCUCAGAUGAGGACAGGGAAAUCGGCUGGGAUGCCUGGGGCGCCUGGAGCGACUGCUCUCGAACCUGCGGGGGAGGAGCCUCCUACUCGCUACGACGCUGCCUCAAUGGAGGAAGCUGUGAAGGAAAAAAUAUCCGCUACAGAACCUGCAGUAACACGGACUGCCCUGCAGAGUCGGGGGAUUUCCGGGCCCAGCAGUGUUCGGCUCACAAUGACAUCAAGUACCAGGGCGUCACGUACGAGUGGGUCCCAGCGCCGUACGACCCCACCGUCCCCUGCGCUCUGCGCUGCCAGGCUAAAGGCCGAAGCCUCACUGUGGAACUGGCCCCGAAGGUGCUGGACGGGACUCGGUGCCGAGCGGACGCCUUUGACAUGUGCAUCAGCGGAGUGUGUCAGGAGGUGGGCUGCGAUCGGCAGCUGGCCAGCGGUGCCAGGGAGGAUAACUGCGGCGUCUGCGGUGGCGACGGCUCCACGUGCCGCCUGGUGCGAGGACAGGCCCUACCCCACCUGACCCCCGAACAGUCUCUGAAGACGGUGCUGGAGGUCCCGAUGGGAAGUCGCUUUCUCAGACUCAACGCCAAAGGCCCCGAUAUGAUCGUUAUUGAAGCCGUGUCUCUUCAGGGGAGGAAGGAGGAGACCGGUCUGCAGUCGACGGGCUCCUACGUGAUAGGAAACACCUCCUUGGACUUUCAGAGGGGGAACGACCGGCAGACACUCAGGACGCACGGCCCACUCGGCGCUGAUUACAUCAUCAAGAUAAAGUACGGAGGCUCCAAGGACACCGUUGUCCAGUUUCUGUUCUACAAACCAAUUCGAUACCAGUGGAGAGAGACUGACUUCUUCCCCUGCUCGGUCACGUGCGGAGGAGGCUACCAGCUGAACUCUGCCGAGUGCACAGACAUCCGGUCCAACCAGACGCUGCCCGAGCACCACUGUAACAGCUACCCUGAAAACACCAAACCCACUCCAAAGCUCAAAGAGUGCAACAUGGACCCCUGCCCGGAGAGUGAUGGAUUCAAAGCAGUGAUGCCUCAUGACCGCUUCCAGCCUCUGCCUCGCUGGGAGCAGGGCCCCUGGACCCAGUGCUCAGUGUCCUGUGGUGAAAAUGGGGGCUGGCAGGAUCGCAGUGUGCUGUGUGUGGAGGAGGACGCCCACGGGCAGUUCUCCCAGGUGGAUGAGUGGAAGUGCACGCACUCCCCGCGACCUGUCGCCCGACAGAUCUGCAACACCUUCGCCUGCCCUCAGUGGGUGGCCAUGGAGUGGUCACAGUGCACGGUGACAUGUGGCCGAGGGCUGCGCUACCGAGUGGUUCUGUGCAUCGACCACCGCGGGCAGCACGUCGGAGGCUGCCAACCGUCACUCAAGCCUCACGUGAAGGAGGACUGCCUGGUCCCCGUGGCCUGCCACAAGCCCAGAGAGUCCCUGCCGGUGGAGGCGAAGCUUCCCUGGUCAAAACAAGCCCACGAGCUGGAGGAACACUACACCGCUACAGAAAACCCCACAUUCAUACCCGGGCCCUGGUCCCCCUGCAGCACCACCUGCGGCCCUGGCAGGCAAACUCGUGAGGUGAAAUGUCAGGUGCUGCUCACUUUCACCAAGACGGAGGUGGACCUUCCAGAGGAGGAGUGUGGCGGGGACAGGCCCCAGCUGGAGAGGCCCUGCAACCACGGGCCGUGUACCAGAGCCACCGCAGUCCGAGACCACGGUGCUCCUUUGUUCCAGGCUGACGACCUGCACAGCUGGGACUUCAGAGGCUUCACUGCCUGCUCGGCCACGUGUGCUGCCGGCAAGCAGAUAGCAGUGGUGAGGUGUGUGAACAGGAAGCAAGAUGAGGAGGUGGACGACGCUCUGUGCGAUCCAUCCAGCAGGCCGUCGGUAAUGAUCCGCAUCUGUAACCCUGAGCCGUGCCCCCCAAGGUGGGAGGUGACGGCGUGGACGGGCUGCUCUGCGUCCUGCGGUGUCGGCAUACAGACCAGGAGCGUGUUUUGCAUGCGUCUUUUGUCCGUCGACCAGCAAGAUAUUCAGACUAUUUCAGAGGACGCGUGCACGGAUUUCCGACCUGCCAUCCUGCAGCCCUGCAACCAGGUGGACUGUCCUCCAGCCUGGGAGACCGAGGCUUGGCAGCAGUGCUCCCAGACCUGUGGUGAUGGUGUUCAGGUGCGGAAGGUGUACUGUAAGCAGCUCCUGUCCACGGGGGCCUACAGGCGGCUGGGGGACGACGCCUGCCAGGUAACCAAGCCCGCUACAAACAGAGGCUGUGGCAAUAUGGACUGUGUGCCCUACACAGCAGGAGGAGAAUGGGGAAAGUGCUCCGUGUCCUGCGGUUUGGGGAUCCAGCGCCGGGAGCUGCUGUGCCUCCAGCUGACGGCGGCGGGCCGUCAGGUGACGGUGGCGAGGGAGCAGUGCUCGGGUUUACCGUCCCCGCCGCUCGUACGAACCUGCCGCAUGAUGGCCUGUCCCAAGCACAAGAAGCAGAUGAGACCCAAAGACUCGCGAAAAGCCGCUGUGAAGAACCAGGUCAAGCAGCCGGUGAGACGCCCUGCAAAGACUAGAGGCUACGAGGAGGGGAUCAAACAGUGUCCCGCUCUCAUUAGCACGCACAACAUCUACAUCCAGACCCGUAAAGAGAGGCGUCUCCACCUGACCGUUGGUGGCCACGCCUAUCUUUUACCCAACACCUCUGUGGUCAUCAAAUGCCCCGUCAGAAGGUUCCCCAAAGCCUACAUCCGCUGGCUCAAAGAUGGCAGCGCCUUACCCAGCUCCCAGCGCCUGGGCGUCACCAAGUCCGGCUCUCUGAAGAUCCAGUUCCUGGAGCCAGAGGACACCGGGGUGUACAAAUGUGUGGCAGGACCCGCCUCAGACAUUUUCACUCUCCAGCUGAUAGGCGGUGACGGCAGGUCGGCGGGUAGACCGCCUGCUCCCGGUCCCGACUGGGAGGAGAUGCUGCCCAGCUGCUACAGCCACGACUCAGUCCUGAAGACGACCCGACCUGGGGCCCGGGUUUCUCUGGUGCCCGCUGGCGGACAGGAGGCCUCCCUGCAGCCACGGGUGGAGGAGAGACUGAUCAAUGUCACGCUGCAGGCUGAUAGAGGAGAGAUCCAGCAGGAGCAGGCCUCAGAGCUCAUCUCCUCCCUGCUGACACACAUGUCUCCUGCCCAGCUCUGGACCAGAACCACGAGGAGAGGAGGACAAGCUAAAGACCGACUGCCCAACUGGUCCGAGCACUCUCCACUGGAGACGGUAGCAAAGAGACCAGCGAUCAUCAGACAGCAGCAGAGCGUCCCACCCACCUUUCAGAAGAACAUCGACAUCAGUAUCGGACACAGCGCGCUCCUCACCAACGCCACACGGUCGCUGACCAUCCGGUGCCCUGCGGAGGGAUCCCCACCUCCCAAAAUCAGCUGGAGCAAAGAUGGAGCUCUGCUGCAGCACUCUGACAGGGUGUCCUGGGAUCGAGCGGGCCUCCACAUCCUGCAGCUGAGAGCGUCUGACAGAGGCCAGUACAGGUGCGCCGCUGCCAACGCGCUGGGCUCAGACUCGGAGGCUUCCCAGCUGCUGCUGGCAGAGCCUCCGGCCAUCGCGGUGUCCUGGAGGAACGUCUCAGACCACGGGGGGAUGCUGGGCCACAGCUUGACAGCCACUGUCGGAGGACAAAUCAGCAUUCGUCCAGGCGCCAACCUCACUGUGGACUGUCCCGUCAGUGGUGUUCCUCGCCCCACGGUGCUGUGGCACAGGAAGGACGGGCUGUUGGACGCCGGCGCCGUCUCCCUGCCGUCUGGCUCGCUGUGGAUCCGAAACGUUUCCGUGCACAACCAGGGCACCUACUCCUGCGCCGCCACCAACGCCAUAGGAAAGUCGACCGCCUCCACAGUCCUGAAGGUCCACGAUCCAGCCGGAGGGAGCCGGGUGCUUCCAGCGUCUCAGGAGCUGAGCAGGAGGAGAGUCCUCAUGGCGUCACGGCGCGGCACGAGCGUCUUCAUCAAACCUGGAGACGUCCUGCGCAUAGGCUGUCCGGUGGUUUCCGACCACAAGCCGCCUGUGCGCUGGGAGUACAACAACCGGACCCUGAAGGAGGUUCCGGCUCCGGCUCACUCCCCAGAUCCCGGUCCGGGUCAGGGUCUGCAGCACAGGAUGCUGGUGGGAGGUCGUGUGCUGGAAGUCAGCACGCUCCAGGGGAAGUUCGCGGGCCGCUACAGAUGCCAGACCUUCAUCAACAGCACCAGGCAAAUCCUGUCAGCCUGGAUAUACGUUCACAGCGAAGCGAUGCGUCUCCCUGGACGGAAAGGACGUUCACCCCGACAUGUGUCAGCGCGUACCGAAACCCGUCACGUCCCCGGCCCCCUGCAACAGACAGGCCUGCCCCCCCAGAUGGUCGGUGUCGGAGUGGUCAAAGUGCUCGGCCUCAUGCGGCGCCGGCCAGAAGCAGCGGCGGGUCACGUGUCAGCAGCUCGACGCCGGAGGUGCGGCGAGAACGCUGCCGGCGGCCGCCUGCGAAGGGACGAGUCGGCCGGCGGACACGGAGCCGUGCUCCGCCAAUAACUGCCCCGUCUGGGUGACCAGUCCGUGGGGGAAGUGCUCGGGGAGGUGUUUGGGCCCCACCACCACCCUGCAGAAGAGAUCGGUCGUCUGCCAGCACGCCAACGGCUCCUCCUACACAGACUGUGACCUCCGGAGCAGACCGGUGUCCGUGCGCAACUGUUCGUCUGACCUGUGCGAUGUUCAGUGGCGUCCCGGUGCGUGGCGAGCGUGCACCGUGGUCUGUGGGAGUGGCUUCCAGUCCCGCAGGGUGGACUGCGUUCACAGCAAGACCGGCAGGACUCUGGCCGACCAGCACUGCGCCUGGCUCCAGCGACCCUCCACCUGGCAGCACUGCAACACCGCCACCUGUGGGAGUGAAUGCGAGGACACCACCCAGUACUGCAGUGUGGUGAGGAGGCUGAGGCUGUGCCAUGUGGACACGUACAAACAGAGAUGCUGCAGCUCGUGCCUGCGUGGCGUUGACUCCACCUAGUGGCGGUGGAAGGUUUUAACCGCACGCACACACACGCACACACACACACGCACACACAGAUGGGUCUACAGGAGGCGGGAGCCUGAGCAAAGACUAAGACGGACAGCCCGUGAGUGGACGCCGACCCCAACGAGCUUCAGCGUGAAUCUUUCACAAACUGAAAGGAAAUCUGACGACAGGACGAGCGGGCUUGACUUUCUGAUCUGGACUAAACUGUAACAUGAAGACAAGUGUUCACUAUGUGGAUCAAAUAAAGUUUGUGAUUUUCCUACACAGACAGCUAGUUUCCCGUGAGAUUUAAAGAAGCGUGUUUUCUUGUCAACGAGACGCAGAUCUGUCUGCCAGCAGCACGUGACGCCUCUGCAGCGUCGCGCUUUCUGUCUCUGAUCUCUUUAUUUAUUUGUGCAAUUCUUCAAAAAUGUUUUUAUAAAGCGACACAGUUAAAAACAGAAAAAAGGAAGUUCCAGUUUGUUACAGCUCGGGUCGUUUCUGUGAACGUUAAUGAAGCCGGACGAGUGACACGGACGGUGUCCGAGCGAGACGCGAGGGUCAAAACUGACUCGGCUGCUAAGAAACUGGAGCGGUCCUUUAAUCGGGCCCUGCCGUUACAUCGGUGCGGCGUGCCUCAGCUGCUCAUUCCUUCACCAGAGUCCAAGUUUCCCAGCUUUUCCAUCCUGAUGAGUUCGACUGACACUGAAUUCUUGUUUUCUUUGAACAUGAAAUAAUUUUAAAGCAUUGCCUUUAAAAUCCUGCACUUGUUUCUGGGAUGAGCUUCAGUGUUCGGUGCUUGUUUGAUUUCUUUACUGAUCUAAGUCGUGGUUCAGUCUUUACUUAUUACAACAUUUUUUUUAAACAAGUCGAUUCAGUUCAGCAGAAACGUCUAUAAGUGAGCCGAGAUGUAGGAAAAUAAAGUUAAAUAAGACAGAAUUUAUAUGAAGCCUUACUGAAAGUAUCGUCUUUAUAAUUUACCAGUAAAAUACUAUAACAAAAUUAAAAAGUAAUGAAAAAAGCUGCUUGAAUAAAUAUUCACUUCAGCACAAAUAAAACACGACAUGAAAUCCAGACUACAGAAAAUAAACAGAUUUUUAAUUCAGUUUUAUUUCUUUUUAUGGACCCAAAUCACAGCAGUGUGAAGGUGAAGAGCGUCCGACCCAACCUCUUCACAACACAGACUGUAUACAAAAGAUGGACGUCACCACCGUGACACCGCCCACUGACUCGUUAACGUGACAUGUAGUGACGUGAGGUUCUGGCUCCUCAGUUAUAAAGCAUCAAUACAAUAAAUAAGUAUGAAAGAUCAGAGGCCACGGACUCAUCAGUGGACUGUGGGCUCAUUUCCACCCAGAUUUACUUUACAACCAGAAGAUUCGCCCCCUGCUGGCCAACACAAACAACGCAGGUUUAAGACCGAGAAGCUCGUUCCAUCUUUCGUGUACAGCUUCUGUGUGGGCACAGCUGAGAUAACCCACCACAGCUGUUCUUCUAAAUCGGUAAACAGGGAUGCUUCCUGAACCUCAGAGCCACACAGUCGUCCUGUAUGAGCAGUUUUUUGGUGAUGCCACGUUUCUGCUGCUGGUGCAGCUUCAGUUUGCCUAAGCACGGAUGUUCUAACCCGCCUCUGAUCCUCAGCCGUGACAAAGCUUUGUAAAAUAAUUUCAGCUCACACUAAGACACCAGCGCCACACUGAUUUCCACCGACGGGGUCUGCUCAUGUUACCUUUGUACAGGUCAUCAUACCGACGUGCUGCAUUGUACAGUGUCCUGUAUAUACUGUGUUCUAAGUGCAAUAUCGUACUCUGAGUGUAGACUGUGCGAGGCCUUUAUUUUCUUACUUCCUGUUGUAUUUUUAACUCCUGUUUAGGAUACAAAGCACUCGUAUUGUGUACGUUGAUCAGGUGGUGCGUUCGCUGCCCCUCGCCUGGUUUGAUUUGCAUGUGAUGUUUUCUUGCUCCGUUGUGACAGACCACUCAGUAACGUGUUCAGUGUUUCUCUCUGGCUGCUGAUGACUGCACGGUACGGCCAAUCGGAUGUGACGGCAUCGCGCUGCUUGCGGACUUCCAGCUUGGCUGAAAGAACGUGCGACAAAUCAUAAAUAUGCUUCAGGUGACAGUGCAAAGGAAUAAAGACCGUUUGAUCA